GCGGCUCCGCCAGGGGCGGGAGGGCUCGGGGCGAGAUGGAGCCGUGAGCGGUGACUGGAGAGAGAACUGCUGGCAUGGAAGUGAGCUGGGUUUGUUCGUGGGAACUGUGAGUAAGUGUGGACAGACAUUGAAUGACGUGCCAACCUGGAUUAGGAAGAAGAGGCCUUCCAUCUCUGCCAUCUUCAUGAGUUAGGAAACCUGCAAGUUUUCAGAUUACCGUUAAAAUUUGCUCUCAAAUGGAUGUGAGCGUUAUUUGCUUUGGACAGGAAACAUAUCAAGAGGGAGGCAGGCACGUUCUCGCCAAACUGUAACUGAAGAAAUGCGAAUACUUCAUACAGCAGUUGCCAUCACGAAAGCCAAAGUGGAUUUCUCCGGUGUGGUGUGCCUGCCCCCUUCCGUCAUUGCUGGAAAUGGGCUGGACGGAGGAGGGGCUGGCGAAAAUGACGAUGAGCCGGUGUUGGUGUCCCUUUCGGCGGCCCCCAGCCCUCAGAGCGAAGCUGUUGCCAAUGAGCUGCAGGAGCUCUCCUUGCAGCCCGAGCUGACCCUCAGCCUCCAUCAUGGCCGAAACCCCAACCUUCCUCCGCUCAGUGAAAGGAAAAAUGUGCUGCAGUUGAAGCUCCAGCAGCGACGCACACGGGAGGAGCUGGUGAGCCAAGGGAUCAUGCCGCCUCUGAAAAGUCCAGCUGCAUUUCACGAACAAAGAAGGAGUUUGGAACGGGCCAGGACAGAGGACUAUCUGAAACGGAAAAUCCGGUCCCGGCCAGAGAGAUCAGAGCUGGUUAGGAUGCACAUUCUGGAAGAGACCUCAGCUGAACCCUCCCUGCAGGCUAAGCAGCUGAAGCUAAAGAGAGCCAGGCUGGCAGAUGACCUCAAUGAGAAGAUAGCGCAGAGGCCAGGUCCCAUGGAGCUGGUGGAGAAGAACAUCUUGCCUGUGGAAUCCAGCCUGAAGGAAGCCAUUAUAGUUGGACAGGUGAACUACCCAAAGGUUGCAGACAAUUCCUCCUUUGACGAGGACAGCAGUGAUGCCCUCUCCCCAGAACAGCCAGCCAGCCAUGAGUCCCAGGGGUCUGUCCCAUCGCCGAUGGACUCGCGCAUUUGUGACCCUCUCCCUAGCACCACUGGCACAUCACUAGCUCAGGGUACAUCCCAAUUGCAGAUUAGUGCAGACUCCAAUGAAACACUUUUCCUACCUGAACAGCCGCCCCCGCCUCUGCCACCUCCACCUCUUCUGCCCCCCACUCUCACCAAUGGAGCAGCUCUUCCUGCUGCCAAGCCCCCACCGACGCUCAUUAAGCAAAGCCAGCCCAAGUCUGCUAGUGAGAAGACUCAGCGCAGUAAGAAAGCCAAGGAGCUGAAGCCGAAAGUCAAGAAGCUUAAAUAUCAUCAGUAUAUUCCCCCGGACCAAAAGCAGGACAAGGGAGCUCCUCCCAUGGAUUCAUCGUAUGCCAAAAUACUGCAGCAGCAGCAACUCUUUCUCCAGCUUCAGAUCCUCAACCAGCAGCAGCAGCAGCACUACAACUAUCAGACCAUCCUGCCAGCUCCACCAAAGCCCCCAGGAGAGCAGCAGACUGGUGCCAGUGCCCCAGCCGUACGCAAUCUCUCUGCCGCAGUCAGUAGCACAUCCUCGGUAUCCUCUGGUUCCAGCGGGCUGAUGCGACAAAACAGUAAUGCUGCAGUGGGCAAGCCAGGCCCUCUCCCUGCCAACCUGGAUGAGAUGAAGGUGGCAGAGCUGAAGCAAGAGCUGAAGCUGAGGGCCUUGCCUGUCUCGGGCACAAAGACAGACCUGAUUGAGCGGCUCAGAGCUUACCAAGAGCAGAACGGCGCCGCCGGCCAAACAACCCCCACGCCCAAGCCCAGCACAGCAGCCAUUCUCCCCAAAGCUGCUGAGGUGGUGGUUGCCUUCCCAGCCGCCAGGCUGAGCACGGGGCCAGCCCUGGUCACCACCGGCAUUGCACCAGCAGAAGUAGUUGUGGCCACGGUCACUGGUGGCGGCGUGAUGAAGUUUGGCAGCACUGGCUCGACUCCGCCUGUUUCUCCCACUCCUUCGGAACGCUCCCAAAUGAGCACAGGGGAUGAGAAUUCGGCCACUGGAGACACCUUUGGAGAGAUGGUGACUUCGCCUCUGACCCAGCUCACCCUGCAGGCAUCCCCAGUGCAGUUCCUGGUGAAGGAAGAGAGCUCCAAGUCUGCCUCCUGCAGCGUCAGCACGGCGCCCAGGUCGGAGCGGUGCAGCACUGGUAACAGCAGGGAUGCAGAAGUUAGGGACAAAGACCAGAUGCUGCAGGAGAAGGACAAACAGAUCGAGGAGCUCACCCGCAUGCUGAAGCAGAAGCAGCAGUUGGUUGAGAUGCUCAGACUACAGCUGGAGCAGGAGAAACGCGCUCAGCAGUCGCUACCGGCCCCGGCGGCUGUGGGAGAAGGAACAGCUCUCGCCUCCAACCCAGUAGCGUUUGGUAUCCAGGUCAAGAGUGAAAAUGGUUUCCUGAGCUGCCAGUCUGCAAAGCAAUCCAGUGGCCAAACCGACCAAUUCAGCCCCACACCAACCUCUAGCCAAAUGGACACUUCGAACCCAAGCCCAGUGCCAAAGAAAGCCGUGAUGGUGAAGCAGGAGGUGCCAGCCACGGAAGCAGAGCCGCCGUGCCAGUCCCACAGCCCGCGGCUGUUCCUUGGCCAGCAAGGGAGCGCCCUGAGCGACCUGAUCAAGGGCACUCCUCCCCCAACCCUCAUCACCGACUCCACAGGGACCCACAUCGUCCUCACCGUGACCAAGCAGAGCGCCGAGAGGCAGGGCCUCUCACCCCAAGGGAAGGCAGUGAGCAGCUGCCCGACCUCACAGAGAGUACAAUCAUCGCCCACUAAAACUUCCAGCCAACCGCAGUGUCAGCCACCUGCAAGCACUCCUCAGCAGCCCACACCGCAGCAGCAGCAGCAACAGCAGCAGCCCAGAGGCCUGAACCAACCUGUCAGAAAGCCCUCAUCCCAGCCCGGCUCUCCUGCUGCCCCCUCCCCUUCUCGGAUGGACCUGGAGCAGCAGCAGCAGCAGCAGCAGCAGCAUACGUCGCUUUUUGGAGCUCCUCCACCUCCUCUCCCCGUUCCCUCGGUCCCACUGAAAGAGCCACCAGGCUAUGAAGAGGCCAUGAAGCAACAGCCAAAGACCCAGGAGAACGGCUGUUCCAGCCAGCAGAUGGAUGACUUGUUCGACAUUCUCAUAGAAAGUGGAGAGAUUUCUGCUGACUUCAAGGAGCAGUCGUCCCCAGCUGGAAAAGAAGCACCUGCGGCCCCGGCCUGCUCCUCACCGCCCAGCAGCCACCAUUCCUCGGAGCUGGCGGUGCCGGUGUCGCUGGGGCAGACGGUGCCCGUGGGGCGGCUGGAGGACUUCCUGGAGAGCAGCACCGGCCUCCCGCUGCUGACGGCAGGCCACGACGGGCCUGAGCCCCUGUCCUUGAUCGAUGACCUCCACAGUGAGAUGCUGAGCAGCUCGGCCAUCCUGGACCACCCGCCUUCACCCAUGGACACCUCGGAAUUGCACUUUGCUCACGAGCCGGCCGGGGGCAUAGCCUUGGAUCUGGCUGAGGCUAACUUGGACAGCAUGGACUGGCUGGAGUUGCCGGGGGGGUCUGUCAUGAGCCUGGCCCCUCUCAGCACCACGGCUCCCAGCCUCUUUUCCACAGACUUCCUUGAUGGACAUGAUCUGCAGCUGCACUGGGAUUCGUGCUUGUAACUCUGUGAGCAGAGACUGAAGGGAUUGGGAGCGGGAGGGCACAGGCAUGCAGGGGGAAGAGGCCAGUCAACCAAAAGAAACCCCAGAAACGAAAGAAAGAGAGAAAGAAAGAAAGAAAAAAAGAAAAAAAAAAAGGAGCUCCUAGUAUCCAUACUCCUCCCCCCACAGCGUUCCUCGUAUACGAAGCCAGCAGUGGCAGUGAAGGCAGACCCACGGCUUCAACCACUGCCAGCAGAGUAGUGGGGCCAGGAGAGUGGCUGCAGCUCUGGGGCGAGAGCGGAGCUGGCAGCCCCGCUCCCUCCUGCAGGACGUGGGCACAGAGCUGCAGGUAAUGCUUCCUGCAGCAGGACAGGGCAUGACUGGGCCCGAGCCCUUGUGGAAGCAGCAUCCCGCUCCUUGCUGGCAGAUACGGGGCGUUACACAGCCCCAGCUGCCCCGAUUAAUGGUUGCGGAAGGGGAUUAUUCUACCUCGGGAGCAGGGCACAGAGGAGGGAGCUGCCAGGAGGGCUGCCUGCUGCCCCCGUGCCAUCCGUCAGGGCUCACCUGUGCCGCAGGGCUGCGAGGAGCAGGCAGAACGGGCACCUUUUCCAGAUGUAGCCAAAGGAAACGAGGGUUUCCCACCAACCUGGCACUCUCUGAGCUGGUUUCUUAAGUCCUGCUGAGCUUGGCAGAGGCUGUCCACUUGCUUCACUUGCUUUGGGCUGCAAAAACAGACUUUCAAGGUGCUAAAAUGCAGGUCCUUGUAUGUUAAAUCUGUCCUUCACUGCCCCAGGCCUGGAGUCAGCCUGCAGGCACCCUCCGCUCACUGCCCCCAAGCUGAGCAGGGCAGCGGCCCACGGUCCUGGGGAGCGCAGAGGGGCACAGCUGGCAUCGAGCAACAUAUCAUUAAGGGCCACGUGCAAUCUCUCUCCUGCCUUCAGCUGUGCUGUUGCCUCCCUGCAGCAGGUGACCCGGGUGUAAAGAAGCGCUCCUCUCACCUCCAAAUCUGCCCCCCACCCAAGGAGGGAAGGAUGUCAGCCCCAACAGCAAGGAAAGGGAAGAGGCGCCGCUGAGAGGGCACUGGCAGCCCUGCGGCACUCGCUGUGAGGAGCUGACCUGGCAGUUGGUUGGGCUCACGCUUGCAGUGGAGCUGGGAGAAACUCCUGCCUUCCUGAGCCCUGUUUGCUUAUCAGCUACACUGGGGAGCCGCUUCCUUAAUCUUUAGCAGGGGAUGCCUGCUGGCAGCUGCCUUUCUGCCCCCGCCCCUUCUGUUGCCCAAGCCCCAGUCCCAUCAUAAAAAUCAGUAGCUGGGACUUGUGGAAACCCCCCCACCCCCACCCCGCCCUUUCCCUACACCCUCUCCCUUCCUCACUUCUCACUUCUCCAGCCCAGCACCAUUACGGUGGUUGUGCGCUGCGUGUACCGGGAAGCAGGAACCUGGCACAGAGCAGCACAGGCAGGAGCGCAUCAGAAAUCAUGUUGCAGAGCUCCCAGCAGAGCUCUCACAGCACAGGCCCCUGCUUUUUGCUUUGGGAGAUGGGGGAGGGCAGUAUUAGGGCCCCCACAGAACACUGCACGUCCACGGGACCACGAGGCACAGGUGGCACAGGAGAAAUGUGUGGCAGGGGAGCAGAGAGGGGGCAGGAAGAUCCUCCGUGAAGUAUUUCACAUGCGAAGGAGGGAAAAAUGAGGCUGCCUUUUCCUCAAACUCAAGCAAAAUCAGCUGCUUUUAGCCUACAGUGAGUAGCAGCCCCCCCCCCCCCCAAAAAAAAAAAAGAAACGCCUGUGUGAUUUCUUUUGUACAAAUGAUCACAGAGUGGCAACUAGCAAAUAAAGAAUGAAAGCAUCCAAGUGCAAUUUGCUCCUACAGGAGGUGGGAGCGCUCCACCUGCACCCCGGGCCUGACUCAGCCGUGGAUCCUUGUGCUUGGCGGGGUCCCCCAGCCCUUGCUGGCAGAGCUGCCGGCGCCCCUUACUGGUUUCACCCUUCCCCUGGGUGGGAGGCAAAAGGCUCGGUUCCUGUGCACCGCUGUUUGCCUUUGCCCACCCGCCUCCACUUGGGAAAGCUGUAGGAGGAACUUACAUUUUCCCAAUGUACUUGAAACCAGCUGAGAAACGCAGCGAGCCUGCCGGAGCCCUCUGCACAAAGGGCUUCUGCCAGGAGAGAAGCGAUAACCUGGGGGCUAAGGGCAGGGGGAGGGGGGUGUUUCAUCCCAGAAAGUAAUAAUAAAGGUCUUUUCCCCAAGACGUGCCCAGAGCAGGCCAGCCCAGUUCUCUGCUUUCUUACUAUUAUUUGUUUGAAUAAUAGUUCAAUAGUUCUUUGUUGGAAGAGGUAUUCCCCUGGACGUACAUUUCUGCACCCACUGGGAAAAACGAAGUCUGAUGUUCUGCCUCUACCUUGAAUGUAAUCCUGAAUCUUUCUGCUGUAACCACUACUUGUUUGUAACGUGUAUUUGACUAGCACGCACUCUCCCUUCCACUAUGCAGCAAACGGCGAGGGGUGAUGGGCCCCGUCCGAGACGGAUGGUGUUGGGGCAUCGGAUCCAGAGCGAGUAUUCAACUGGAAAAGGAUAAGAGUGACAAGUUAAUGGGGGAGAGGAUGGAUCUUUAAAUUGAAUUAUUUUUUCAGUUACAAAUAUUUGAAAGAAAAAAAAAAAUCCAUUUUAUUAAAAAAAUUCCAAACGGC